GUCAACCCGAUCGUAAAGGUGUUUCCUUCUUUCUUCCUUUUUUACGCGUUAUCAUUCGUGUUCAUUUCAAACUUGUGGAUAUAUCGAAAUCGAUCGUGACGUAUUUGAGAGAUCUUCGUUCGCCGAGUCACGUGUAGUCGGACAACAACGCGUGCCAAACGUAAGCAAGUUCUUGGUGAGCAAACUAGAAGAAUCUGGAGUUAGGAAGCAGGAAGAUUCUUCAAAGGUAGAAGACUGCUUUCUUUCUCUUUCUCUCUCUCUUUCUCUCUCGGUUACUUGCUUAUUCGGAUAGGAUGCCCCGAGUCUGACGAAGAACGAACAUCACCCGCGAUAAUAUAACUCCUCGGCUGAUAUCGAUCGAGAUGUGGAAUCAUCGCAGAUUAAGUUGGAUCAUCAUCUCGCUCUGUUGCGUCUGCAUACACCUCACGAUAGCCAGUCCCAUUUAUGUCCCACAAUUUUUACCAAGUAGUACUGGAAGGAACAUCCGACACUUGCCAUGCGUGUCGCGUAGAACAGGUGAAACCGGAAUUUGCAUGUUUGCAUUCACCUGUGCAAAGGCGAACGGCACGCAUCUUGGCACAUGCAUCGAUCGUUUCUAUUUCGGUAGUUGUUGUAAGAUCGACGAAGAGCCGGACGUUGGACCUCAGGACAACAGCAUCGACGAUGGACCGCCAGCAACAUCAAGGCCGUUCGUCACUACUCACAAUCCCAUCGAGAGCAAUGACAUACCGCCAUAUUUUCCAAGGCCAAAGCCUAACGACCAAAGCAAACCAUCUGGUACAUAUACCACUGUGGCUACUACGAUCACCCAGGCAACACAAAGUAUUAAAAGUACAUCGGAUACGCAUGGAGGGAGUACAAAGAUUGUAACAAAGAAACCGACGACGGAGAGCAUGGAAACGACGACACAAUCGAUUCGUUUAUCGACUUUUCAAACGGUACAAAACAGCUCGUACGAAAAAUUUACUACGUCUGCACCCUCCAAGAAUAUCACUAAAAUCUCUACAGAUAGUACAAAGUAUUCGUCCAGUACGUCUGUCGCUUCAACAAUUUCUAAACUAUCAAUCGGUACGACUCAAAAGCCAACAGUUCCGUUCAAAGUUUCGACUUUGUCCACAACUAUAAGACCAAUCGUUGGUACGUCGAAACCAAUCACUAAAAAACCUUUACACACUACGGUAUUACAUACGACUACUCAAACGACUAUUCAACGACCGAUACAAACAACCACAUCGAAAAGUAUUAUUACAACGACGGAAAAGAUCGUACCUUCGACAAGAUUUCCACCAAGAAACACAACAUCGGUCAAGCCAGUGACUCAACAAUUUACCAAGAGACCACCUACUGUUAGUACUAAGAGACCCCUUGUCACGAGCACGAAAAGACCUACCUUGUCUACCAAAAAACCAACUUUACCCACAAAAAAACCGACGGCUCCGAGUAAUUCUUCGAUUGGUUCCAGCUAUGGAACGACAACGGUAGCGUCAACUUACUUGACGUCUAAUAAGACGAAACCAACGUUUACAACGACCGAAAGCAAUCUUUUGUCUUCAACCGAAGAGACACUUGUAACUUCGGUGACGGAAACUGUGGGCUUUGUAACUCGAAAGCCGAUUACAAUUACCACUGAGAAACCUAUUUAUCAUAAAAUCACGACCAAACCUAGACCAACAACGUUUGCGCCAGUUGUAACGACUAUGAUCAGUACGAAGCCUACUAAGAUCGGUACAUUAACUACUGAUAGAUUAGAAAUAUCUACCACGGAAAAGACAAUUUUCCAAAAUUCUACAAGUAAUUCAACACCGGGUAUCACCAAGUCUAAGCCAACUGAGAGUCCACCUAAAACUACGAUAAAACCUAUGAGGAUCACAACACCUACGACCGUCUCUGUCGCUAGCCUCAUUACUUCCUCUUCCUCGACUGCGAGUAGUCCAACGUUCAAGGUACCCGUCGUCAACCAGACUCUCGAAGAAGUACCACAAACUACACCGUCGUCUGGUUUGGUCACGUGGUCUUCGCAUUCCGACGAAACACCAACUAAAGCAACCGACGUUUUAUCCACGACUAAAAAACAAGAUGAAAUAACGGAGAGCGAAUGGACACCCAUAACCACGCCGGAUGGUUGGGUAAUGAUCCAAUCACCACCAACGACCGUUGAAACGUCCUCGGAAAAUCCGGAAAGCACAACGACUAAAUUGGACUCUGUGACGUCUACCUUAUCGUCUACUUUACCUGUGAGGUCAACGACGGAAGUUACAACGACUACGGAGCAAGUUACAGAGACGUCAACGAUUCUGACGACGUUGUCAAGCAUCGCUACUAUAGCCGUUGAUACGGAAACUCCGAUAUCGAUAGAAACUUUAAAUAUGUCGGAUUACAAGCAAGUUUGCGGAAGGAGAAUAUUUCCCGAGUCGAGAAUCGUGGGUGGCAAUCGUAGUACCUUUGGCAAGUGGCCUUGGCAGAUCUCGUUACGUCAAUGGAAGACAUCUACCUAUUUGCACAAAUGUGGAGCAGCCUUGUUGAACGAGAAUUGGGCUAUUACCGCGGCACACUGUGUUGAAAAUGUGUCACCGGCUGAUUUAUUAUUGAGGAUAGGAGAAUACGAUCUAGCGAACGAGGAAGAACCAUAUGGAUUCCAAGAAAGGCGAGUACAGAUCAUAGCGAGUCAUCCGCAAUUCGAUCCAAGAACUUUCGAAUACGAUCUCGCUCUUUUGAGAUUCUACGAGCCACUUCCAACUUUCCAGCCAAACGUUUUGCCAAUCUGUCUUCCGGAUGACGAUGAGACUUACGUUGGUCGUACAGCUUAUGUUACUGGAUGGGGAAGACUUUAUGACGAAGGACCACUGCCAUCCAUCUUACAAGAGGUUGCAGUACCGGUUAUAAAUAACACGGUUUGCGAAGCUAUGUAUAGAAAUGCUGGCUAUAUCGAGCACAUACCACAUAUCUUCAUUUGCGCGGGAUGGAGAAACGGUGGUUUUGAUUCAUGCGAAGGCGAUAGCGGCGGCCCAAUGGUGAUUCAAAGGGCGCGAGACAAACGAUGGAUACUAGCGGGAAUUAUAAGUUGGGGAAUUGGUUGUGCCGUACCGAAUCAACCGGGCGUGUACACGCGUAUUUCCGAAUUUCGCGAAUGGAUCAAUCAAAUCUUACAAUUCUAAUCCGACUAAUUAAAAAGUACGGAAGUUCUAUGAAUCGUCAGCGCAAAUUAGAAUUCUGCGCUCCGAGGAGGACUAGAAAACGAAGGAAAGGAUGAAUUCCGGAAUAAAAAUUCGUAGCUUUGAUUUCGAAUUUCCCGGGAAAGUGAAAAUGGUGGGGAAACGUUCAUAGAUGCCACCUGACGUUAAUGUUGAGAAAGAACGUUGGAUAACUGAACUAUCUGUAUUAUCAACAGUAACAGUAAUGCACGACGAAAAUUACGAUUUGUACGAUACGUGGCGUCGUUUGACAGGAAGUGCAUCUCGACGUCAUCAUUUUUCUCGAAAUCGCGCCUUGUUCGAAUAUCGAUCGAAGAAUGACCUUGUUAUUUCUUUCUAAAAAAAAAAAAAAUCUUUAAUCUCAAAAGACCGUGCAAUGCAAAUGUAUGAAAAUUUGAGUUUUUCUUUUAAAACUCAUUAUUUUCCUUUGAUCGGAAAAGGGAAGAGAAUUGAACGGAAUGAUAAAUUUGAUGUGCCUCGGCUAAAAUGGAAUAUCGAAUGGAAAUUGUGACGAUAACAGGAGAAUAAAUCGAAAAUAAUUUUCAUUCUCA